GUUUAAUAUCUGUGAAAUGUGGGAAACAAAUGUGGGAAAAUGAAACAAAGCCGCUGGACAUAACUUCUCGGAAUCCUCCAAAAAGUUCACUGAAAAAAUUUCAGUAAAUGACCACCAUUUUACUAAGAUUAUAUUUCAUCCCAUAUCAUCUCAUCUCAUCUCGUUUCACUUAAUUUCAUCCCAGUUGAUUAAUGUCUCAAAUUAAUCAUCUUCAUUUCAAUUAAUUUCAUUUCAUCAUUUUUCAUAAAAUUAUGAAUAUAAAUUAAAAUAAGACAUGACUUAAAAGUCUUAGUUACCAGGUCUCUAUCAUAAAAUCCCAUAAAACUGUGCUAGAAGUUUACUGGUCAAAAGUGUUUUGAAAUUUAUAAAGUUGUAAUAAAAUCACAAUGCCAUAUUUAAAUACUGAAAACUAUUUAUAUUGAUAAAAAGAUAGUCAACGCAAAAUAAAAAUAUUGGUCCUCUCCUCACAAUGAGUUCGUCCACUCCAAACAAACACUUAAAGCUUGAAAUAAAUAUUGGUGAUCAACUAACGACCAUAUCAUGUGGUCACGUUGUUGCAGAAUUAAUAAAAUUUAUAGCGUAUCAAAGACUGCAGAUUCCUUAUACCUAUCCAUGGUUGAAGCAACUUAUCACCAAAAGGAAGGAACUGGAUCACGAAAAUAGAAAAGAAAGCUUUCAAAGUGAAAAACACUUCCGUACUGCAGAAACCGCACUGAAAAAUUUAGAUCUUAUCCUAAAGAGUCUGCUUCUUGAAAUUAACAGCCCAUCAAUGCCAGAUGAGGUGUGCAUAAUUCUCGGAGCUACACCUAUAACUUGUAAGGAAGUGUAUAGAUUGAUACUGCCAGCUACUUGCCACAGACCACAGUGUCAUUCAAGUCUCAUAGCCAGUGACCAAAAAAUACAUAGAAAUGUAUUUAGAGCAGUAGUGACCUCUGAGAAAUUGAAUGAAAUGUUCUUAAACACUUUAGCUCCAACAAACAUGUUUGUUUUUCUAAAGAAAAGAACCUUUAACGAUCAAGAUGCUUUGCUGGAUACAAGUAACUAUUCAUUUACAAGUGGUCACCGAAUUCCUGCUAGUUCUAGAAUAAUUGUAAUCAAUUUCAGAACAGGAAAUACUGAAAAUUUUAGCUGUUGUAAUGAGUUUAAAAUUUUUAGUGAUGUAUCCACUACUGAUAUUGGCAUUGAGGAUAGUUUCAAUGAAAACUGUGAAGAAUUAAAUGAAAUCGAAUCCACUGACACAAUAAAAUGGUAUCAAUCAUCUUAUGUGAUGAAAGGAUUCAAAGACUGUAUCGUAAACGGUAGUUCUAUUACUAACACAUGGAUGAGUUCUUGAUAUUAGUAGAUUAUUUUAUUAGUAAAAUUAUGACUAAGUUUUUUUGCUGACUGUAUAUCUGUUUGCAUUUGGUAUGUAGCAGUUGAGUUAGUACAGAUAUGUUUUUGAUUUAGUUAAAUAAUCUAGUAGUCAAUCCCAGAUUUUAUUGAAUAACUAUCAUUUAUAUAUUUGUUAAAUUGUAUUGUUUUUAUUAUUAUGUAUCAUUAAUGGUUAACAAAUUUGCAAUAACAGUUGUGCCUUUUAAGAUUUGUUUACAUCAAUUUUCUUUUUAAGUGAAAUGGGAAAUGAAAAAACGAAUGCAAGCUGUGUAUAUUUUUAGAUGCGUAAUGAUGAUAGAUAUUUAUGUAUGUAUUCAGUGUAUUUGAAAAGCUCUGUAGACAAAUAUUUAAAUGGUAGUAAAUAUUGUUAUAAUAAUACUUUCGAUGAUUUAAAGAUAAAACUAUUAGGGAACCUUGUAUAUAGGUACUAAAAGGUGAAAUUAAAUAUUUUUAUUCUGGUCAAGAUAUUAGGUAUAUUAUUGUACUUUAUUAUCAUCAGAAAAAAAGUAUUGUAUUCUUGUGCGCCUUGAUAUGUGUGCAAAUUUUCAUGAUAUCUGAAGGCUUUAAGUUAGUUAAAAUUAGAUUGAAUGAUUUCGUUACUUAUAUUAAUUGAUGUUUGAUACAAGUUGAGCUAGGAUUUUUUAAAGACUGACUUUCAAGACCUCACUAAUGGAUAGUUGUUUAUGUUGUUAAUAAACUGUACCUUAUGCAGAUAAGACUUCUUGAAAAUAAAUAAAUAAAUAAAUAAAAACAGUUUGUGUUACGAAUGUUGAUGGUAUUAUCAUUUUACUGUUGAAUGUGUGGUUCAUUCAUAUAUGUCAGGCUAUAAUUUUGAUAUAAAAGUGUGCAAACUAUCCAAACUAAAACAGUUUAAAAUACGGAUUGGAAGCAUUUUAGAUUAUUGAGGAUAUUGAGACAUUUUUAGAUAGGAACCACCUACAAAUGCAAAAUCGUAAAAGUAAUUUUAAUAAAUGAAUUGGAAAGAGUUUAGUAUUAAGACUAUAAUUACUUAUAGAAUCAAUUUCUAAAAUAAAAAUAUGGUAAUGAAAAUUAGGUGUAUGUAAUGAAAAUAUUUCAAAUUUUAAAUCAUGUCUUCCUAAAUCGUUCAUUUUCUUUUUUAUGUUUUGUAAUAUAUAAUUAUUUAUAUGCAAUAAUGUAAAUCGUUAAAUAAAUCAGUUGUCAAUAUAAUAA